AUGCCUACCUUGUCGACCUUGAAGCGCCCUGCCUCGAGCCUGAGCCUGAGACCCGCCGCCAGUUCCAUCAACGACACUAUCAGCAAGCUUCAAAGAGGGUUUUCAAAAACUGACCUCGACAAAGGAUCUGAACAUAGUGAAGAAGAGGAUGACAAAAGAGAUAAGGCCAAAGGCCAAAAAUAUCAGAAAAUGAAGUCUGAACUCCCAGAGCACGUGAUCGAUCUCAUAGAAAAACAAUCGCAAAAGGCCUCGUCACCCAGGCAGUUCAAGACCCAGAUCAUCAACAAGCUUUUCAACAGAAACCCUGAUGGCCGUUUGGAACUCAACUUGGACGACGAUGUCUUUAGUGAGCAUCGCAAAAUCUACACCAAGAGAUUUUCCAAGGAGAAGGAGACCGCCUACCCCGAAUCCAUUCUUCGCGAGUUGUACUUCGGCAAGUCGCAGGAUGCGCUGGAUCGGGCAAAGCAGGCUGGUGAAGUGGUGGCUGUGGAGGGUUCGAAUGGAAAAACUCUUUGGGCUUUUGAGUCCCUGAGCAGACGAGUCGAGAAUGCGAAGGUUGAAGAGCAGAGAUUGGCAAGCUCAAAGAAAGUCAGCAAAGAGCAGGCCAAAAUGCUUGCGCAAUGUUUUGCUGAAGCUGGCUGGUCUUGGAGCUAUUCCGAAGGGGACGUCCAGUCGUUGCAAAACGGCAAGAAGAUACCACAAGCAAUUUUGGACCUAUGCAAGCAGGCUACGGAUAGCCAAAACAAGUUGUGCAAAGAGGCUAUGGCCCUGGUUGGAAAGGAAUUUCGAGAAUUACCUGACGAUCCCACCAAAGGCAACCUGGACAACCUGAUGCAAGAGAUGGCUUUGCACACCAAGAGCUACAAUGAACUCAUCGAGACCAGCAAGGGCAUACUCCGAUCCCAGAAGAACUGA